AUGUCAGAAAAGUUACAGACAAUGCCAUGUGGCGUAGUUGACGAUCAGGAUUCAUCGGAGACUGCAGUGAGAGCUAAUAUCACCCUUUCCCAGGCCCCAAACACCCUCCCCCAGGCCCCACUCACCCUCUCCCAGGCCCCUCUUAUCCUCUCCCAGGCCCCGCUCAUCCUCUCCAAGGCCACGGUCAUCCUCUCCAAGGCCCCACCCACUCUCUCCAAGGCCCCACCCACCCUCACCCUGGGCCAACUCACCCUCUUCCAGGCCCCACUCACCCUCUCCCAGGCUCCACUCACCCUCUCCCAGGCCCCACUCACCCUCUACCAGGCCCCGCUCACCCUCUCCCAGGCACCACUCACCCUCUCCCAAGCCCACUCACCCUCUCCCAGGCCCCACUCACCAUCCCCAAAGCCCACUCACCCUCUCCCAGGCUCCACUCACCCUCUCCCAGGCCCCACUCACCCUCUCCCAGGCACCACUCACCCUCCCCCAAGCCCACUCACCCUCUCCCAGGCCCCACUCACCCUCUCCCAAACCCCACUCAUCCUCCCCCAGGCUCCACUCACCCUCUACCAGGCCCCGCUCACCCUCUCCCAGGCCCCACUCACCCUCUCCCAAACCCCACUCAUCCUCCCCCAGGCUCCACUCACCCUCUACCAGGCCCCACUCACCCUCUCCCAGGCCCCACUCAUCCUCUCCCAGGCCCCACUCACCCUCUCCACGGCUCCACUCACCCUCCCACAGGCCCCACUCACCCUCUCCCAGGCCCCACUCACCCUCUCCCAGGCACCACUCACCCUCUCCCAGGCACCACUCACCCUCUUCCAGGCUCCACUCACCCUCUCCCAGGCCCCACUCACCCUCUUCCAGGCCCCAAUCACCCUCUUCCAGGCCCCACUUACCCUCCCCCAGGCCCCACUCACCCUCUCCCAGGCCCCACUCACCCUCUCCACGGCUCCACUCACCCUCCCCCAGGCACCACUCACCCUCUCCACGGCUCCACUCACCCUCUUCCAGGCCCCACUCACCCUCUCCAAGGCCCCACUCACCCUCUCCCAGGCACCACUCACCCUCCCCCAGGCCCCACUCACCCUCUCCCAGGCCCCACUCACCCUCUCCCAGGCACCACUCACCCUCCCCAAGGCCCCACUCACCCUCUCCCAGGCACCACUCACCCUCCCACAGGCCCCACUCACCCUCUCCCAGGCCCCACUCACCCUCUCCCAGGCACCACUCACCCUCUCCCAGGCACCACUCACCCUCUUCCAGGCCCCACUCACCCUCUUCCAGGCCCCACUCACCCUCUCCCAGGCCCCACUCACCCUCUUCCAGGCACCACUCACCCUCUCCCAGGCACCACUCACCCUCUUCCAGGCCCCACUCACCCUCCCCCAUGCUCAUUUACAUAAAGAAAGUAAUUCCUUUGGAGGGCGGCUCCACGGCUCCACAUGCGGGAAGACUGACGUUGUGCUGGGGGCAUGGAGAGACGCUUAUGCAGAUCUACUCAACCGCAGCGUCAGUGACGUCAUCCAGGAUGACAUUGAUGAGGACACCCCAGUCAUCCUCCUCCAAGCCUCAGUCAUCCUCCUCCAAGCCCCAGUCAUCCUCCCCCAAGCCCCAGUCAUCCUCCCGCAAGCCCCAGUCAUCCUCCUCCAAGCCCCAGUCAUCCUCCUCCAAGCCCCAGUCAUACUCCCCCAAGCCCCAGUCAUCCUCCCCCAAACCCGAGUCAUCCUCCUCCUAGCCCCAGUCAUCCUCCUCCAAGCCCCAGUCAUCCUCCCCCAAGCCCCAGUCAUCCUCCUCCAAGCCCCAGUCAUCCUCCUCCAAGGCCCAGUCAUCCUCUUCCAAGCCCCAGUCAUCCUCCUCCAAGCCCCAGUCAUCCUCCCCCAAACCCCACCCCAGUCAUCCUCCUCCAAGCCCCAGUCAUCCUCCCCCAAACCCCAGUCAUCCUCCUCCAAGCCCCAGUCAUCCUCCUCCAAGCCCCAGUCGUCCUCCUCAAAGCCCCAGUCAUCCUCCCCCAAAACCCAGUCGUCCUCCUCCAAGCCCCAGUCAUCCUCCUCCAAGCCCCAGUCAUCCUCCUCCAAGCCCCAGUCGUCCUCCUCCAAGCCCCAGUCAUCCUCCUCCAAGCCCCAGUCAUCCUCCUCCAAACCCCAGUCAUCCUCCCCCAAACCCCAGUCGUCCUCCUCCAAGCCCCAGUCAUCCUCAUCCAAGCCCCAGUCAUCCUCCUCCAAGCCCCAGUCAUCCUCCCCCAAACCCCAGUCGUCCUCCUCCAAGCACCAGUCAUCCUCCUCCAAGCCCCAGUCGUCCUCCCCUAAGCCCCAGUCAUCCUCCCCUAAGCCCCAGUCAUCCUCACCCAAGCCUCAGUCAUCCUCCCCCAAGCCCCAAUCAUCCUCCUCCAAGCCCCAGUCAUCCUCCUUCAAGCCCCAGUCAUCAUCCUUCAAGCCCCAGUCAUUAUCCUCCAAGCCCCAGUCAUCCUCCUCCAAGCCCCAGUCAUCCUCCCCCAAACCCCAGUCGUCCUCCUCCAAACCCCAGUCAUCCUCCCCCAAGCCCCAGUCAUCCUCCCCAAAGCCCAAGUCAUCCUCCUCCACGCCCAAGUCAUCCUCCUCCAAGCCCCAGUCACCCUCACCCAUGCCCCAGUCAUCCUCCUUUAAGCCCCAGUCAUCCUCCCCUAAGCCCAGUCAUCCUCCCCCAAACACCAGUCAUCCUCCUCCAAGCCCCAGUCAUCCUCCCCCAACCCCAGUCAUCCUCCCCCAAGCCCCAGUCAUCCUCCUCCAAGCCCCAGUCAUCCUCCCCAAAGCCUCAGUCAUCCUCCUCCAAGCCCCAGUCAUCCUCCCCCAACCCCAGUCAUCCUCCCCCAAGCCCCAGUCAUCCUCCUCCAAACCCCAUCAUCCUCCUCCAAGCCCAAGUCAUCCUCCUCCAAGCCCCAGUCACCCUCACCCAUGCCCCAGUCAUCCUCCAUUUGACCCCAGUCAUCCUCCCCUAAGCCCAGUCAUCCUCCCCCAAGCCCCAGUCAUCCUCCUCCAAGCCCCAGUCAUCCUUCCCCAACCCCAGUCAUCCUCCUCCAAGCCCCAGUCAUCCUCCCCCAACCCCAGUCAUCCUCCCCCAAGCCCCAGUCAUCCUCCCCAAACCCCAGUCAUCCUCCCCCAACCCCAGUCAUCCUCCCCCAAGCCCCAGUCAUCCUCCCCAAACCCCAGUCAUCCUCCCCCAACCCCAGUCAUCCUCCUCCAAGCCCCAGUCAUCCUCCUCCAAGCCCCAGUCAUCCUCCUCCAAGCCCCAGUCAUCCUCCCCCAAGACCAAGUCAUCCUCCCCCAAGCCCCAGUCAUCCUCCCCCAAGCCUCAGUCAUCCUCCUCCAAGCCCCAGUCAUCCUCCCCAAAGCCCCAGUCAUCCUCCCCCAAGCCCCAGUCAUCCUCCCCCAAGACCAAGUCAUCCUCCCCCAAGCCCCAGUCAUCCUCCCCCAAGCCCCCAACUUUAAAGAUAUGUAA